CGGUCCGCUUUCGCGACUGUCAGUGUCCGCUUUCCAUGUAAACAGAGGACAAUGGCCGCCUCCAUCGAGAGUUUGCUGGAAGAAAUCUCCGACGUAGAAGACCCGAUUGAAGAACUUCAAUGCCUUAAAACUGCACUUUUAUCCAUACCGUUGAGCGCCUUGAGGGACUUUGUUAGCGGGCAUCGCUUUGAAGUGAUCUUCUCUUUGUUAAACUCAAAUGAAAGGGAGCAGGUGGAGCUGUGUGUGGACAUCCUCGAACGCAUCUUGAUGGCCUGCAGCCCACUGCAGGUGGUCCAGAACUACAGAGCGGCGCUGCAAGCGGGUCUGACGCACCCCAACGACACUGUCAAGAUACUGGCUUUGACCCAGGUGGGUAGGAUGGCAGAGCACCCGGAUGCUGCGGUGGAAGUCCUCAACAGUCGCAACAUUCUUGGAUCUGUUAUCCACUCCAUUGCGGAGGAGAACAUGAUGGUGGCGAAACAGGCCAUCCAGUCCUUGUCCAAGCUAAGUGGCACCAAAACCGGCCUGGAAAAACUUUUCCGCAGUGACUUGCUGAACGAUCUGAAGGACGUGAUGACCACUGGCGACAUCAUCCGAUACAGAGUCUAUGAGCUGGUUGUGGGGAUUGCGUCGGAGUGCCCACUUUCCCUCGGUUACUGUGCCAACAGCGGGAUAUUGUCUCAGCUGCUCACAGAACUGACAGGAGACGAUGUGUUAAUCAGGGCCACGGCCAUUGAGAUGGUGACCACUGUUGCCCACAGUCAACAUGGCCGAAAGUACUUGGGACGGGAGGGCGUCAUGUACAAGAUUUCCAACAUGAUCAAAGAAGCAGACACUGAUCCCUUCUCCUCUUUGUAUCUCCCAGGGCUAGUGAAGUUUUUCGGCAACCUGGCCUUCAUGGACGGUCCCCAGCUGGUGUGCGAAGACUACCCGGUCUUCCAGAACAAAGUGUUUGAGAUGGCCAUGGACACGGAUCCCGCGAUGGUCGGCGUGGCUCUGGAUACGUUGGGACUGCUGGGCUCUACUGUGGAAGGGAAGCAAGUGCUGCAGAAAACAGGUGAGAAAUUCAAGUCGGUGUUGUUAAGGAUGAGCCAGCUCACGAGCUCCGGUGCCACCGAGCUCCGAGCGCGCUGCUUGGAGGCCAUAUCGCAACUCCUUACUUUACAGCCGGAGCAGCAGACCGAAGAUCUGCUGGCGCUGACCGAGUCCUGGUUCCGCCUUUUCUCCAAGCAUCCCAUUGACAUGAUUCGUGACAUCAGCACUCAGCCCUUCCCGGAACUGCACUGUGGCGCCUUACGGGUCUUCACUGCCGUCGCCGCUCAGGCGUGGGGUCAGAGGUUGAUGGUGAGCACGCCCGGUUUCAUGGAGUUCAUCCUGGAUCGUUCCACCGGUCAAAGGAAGGAGGCCAAAGACGCCAAGUUUGAGCUGGUGAGCUCACUCUUGAGUUCGUCGAGCGCAGCGGAGAUACUGGGCAGCCAGAAUUACAUUGCCCUGAAGAGCUACCAAAGAGAAGGACCUUACUACGUGUCGGCAGUGGCCGCAGUCGGCAUGGAAGGAGCCCAAUGAUGCGUACCAGCCACCAACCAGAUGAUGUUUACAAACAUGUGCCAUCUCAUAAUAAACCCGUUCUCUCGAUAUAAAUGACUAACACUGCA